AUGCAACGUUCUAGUGAUGAGUAUGCUGAUUUAAUCUCCAUUCCAUGCGAAAAACAUUUCAGAAUUAGUGGAUUGGUCUGUUGUGAUGGAUAUUUGCUUAAUCAAACAACUGGGCAAUGCCAAAGGUGUCCACUUGGGUACUUUCUCAACAACUGUUCUAAAAAAUGCAGUCCUCCUAACUAUGGAGAAGAAUGUCAAUAUGUUUGUCGAUGUCCUUAUCAAGAUUGUCAUUUUGCCACUGGAUGUCCUCAACGUUUGGAAACUUUUACAGUCUAUCAGCGCCUAAGCUCAUUUCGAAGAGAUACAGCUCAACAGACGACAUUUCCUUUGACAAGAACAACAACACACAUCUUUUAUGGAAGCGACAGUCAUAUUUUUUCUGUUAAAGUUAGCAAUAAUGCCAUCACCCGAAUGACAUAUGUACCAACAGAGAUUGACGUGUUCAAAAAUGAUUAUUUAGUUCGUAUAUUUCAAAUUAUCGUGAGCUUUAUAGGGGUAUUUGUCAUAGUUUUCACCAUAUUUGUGAUAACUCAUAUCUAUAUGAAGUGUUUCCGGAAAACUACAAAUGAAGUUGAAAUUAAUGUACGUAAAGAAGCUCAAUAUAAAGCUUUGAGUUUAAGUGCAAUUGGAUCCAAAAGUGAAAUACAGCCAGGACCUCGGCAAAAAGAAAGCACUGACUGUACUUACCUUACGCCGGUGUUUAAAGAUACUGUUAAUAGUGAAGAAACUUGUCACUCGGAUGAAAACGUAAUGAUUUUCCAAGAAACGUCAUUUAAAAGACAGCAAAAUCAGCACAAACCUGCAGAUAUGUCAAAUUUAACUCCUGAUGCCGGAUCAACAAAUGUUUAUAUCGAGAUAAUAGAAGAUAAUAUUUAAUUUAAUUUAUAUUUUAGUUUAAGAUUAUGCAUUUCCACAUUUACAAUUGACAGGAUUUCGGCAUUGUGCAUGUUUACAGAAGAAAAUAAAAUAUUUGUUACAGUUUGUAUUUUUCAGUGCAGUUGAAAACUUUAAAUACUAACAAAUGUUUUGGAGCAGUUAGCUUUUAAAACCAAAACUACAUGACUUUUUGUUCAAACAAUUAGAUCUCAUAUUUUUAUUCAAUACCUGUACAAAAUACUUUCAAAUAAUUUGUAAAAUCAAUUUG